AUGGGUCAGGAUAAGCACCUUUUCGUAUUGAUCCAUGGAUUAUGGGGAAAUUACAAGCAUAUGAAAUCACUUGAGAAAGUGUUGGAUGCCACAUUGAAUGGUAAGAAGAGUGGGAAGGAUAAAGAUUAUGUAUUUUUUUUGCCAAAACAAAAUGCAACCUUUAAGACUUUUGAUGGUAUUGAGAUUAUAGGGUAUAGGACUUUGCUUGAAUUAUGUGAGUUUAUGAAGGAAUUUAAAGAUGGAAAUAUAACAAAAAUAAGUUUUGUUGGUUACUCACUAGGUGGACUUGUUGCAAGAUUUGUUGUGGGAAAAAUGUAUUCCGAAUGUAAUGAUAUUUUCGGUAACAUCGAAAGAUGCAUUUUCAUGACAAUGGCUACACCACAUUUAGGUAUUCAAUUUUACAACCCACUGGGGUAUCUACAUCGGAAGUUAUUAUUUUCGACAUUUACUGGUCUGGGCUCUACUAUCUUGGGAAAGAGUGGUAGAGAAUUAUUCAUUGCAAACUCGAGUAAUGAUAUUUUAGUCAGACUUAGUGAAGGUAAAUACAUUGAGGCUCUGGAGGAAUUCAAUCACAGGAUUUUGUUCGCGAAUGUAAAGAAUGAUAGAACAGUUGCAUUUUUCACUGGUUUUAUAGCUGAUGUGGACCCUUUCCUAGAAUCAGAUAAUAGGAUUAAAUUCGACUUCGAAUCUAAAAUUCCGGGCAAGAGUUACUCUAGGGCAAAACCUAGAAUUGUAGAUUUGAAUAAACUUGAUUCAAAUGUGAAGAAAGAGAAGACUCAGCAUAACCCAGUCAAGUACUGGUCACGCACCCUACUAUUACUUGUACUAGUUGUAUUCUUAAUAGUACCAUUUGCAUUUUUUUUCAAUAUUGGAGGAACCAUAUAUAGCUAUGUGGCAACAUGGAGAUACCGUAAGAUGCUGAAAAGUAAUGAAUUCCCCAAACUUAUAAAAGAAAAAGCAGGCUUCAGCGAUCAGCUUAAAGGAUAUAUGUCAGAUGCUUAUAGCAAUGUUAUGAGUACAGUUAUCGAUGAUGAUAGUCAGAUUGAGAAUGAAGAUACACCAAAAUUUGUUGAUGAGGACUCUAACAGCUGGACUAAUCUUCUAUCUAAAUAUACUCAUCACGGAGGUACUGAAGAGAAGUGGAAGAAUAAAUUCAAGAAAAUGCCCUUGACUAAGGAGAGACAAUUGAUUAUGAGAAAUCUGAAUCAAUUAACGUGGAUCAAAAUUCCAAUCUAUGUUAAAUUCUUAAAUUCUCAUGGAGGAAUUGUGGCAAGAAAUGGCAUUUCAGAAUCAACGGCAGCCACAAGUGUAGGGUCCGUAGAGUUUGCAGGACAAUUGGUCUCUUAUUUAAUCCACAAUGCAAACAAUAAAUGA